CACAAAUCCAAGCAGGCUCAACCACAACAGACCGUCAGGUUUCAGGAAUUUGUUCUUCUGUUGUGAUAUUAGAAGAAAUGAGUGAACUUGGGGUUUCUGGUUCACCAAAUGAAAAUCCAAAUGUUGAAAAAAAUAAUGAUGGCCCUGCAGAAGACGGACGCGAUGUAAACACAAAUGGAAUGAAUGAAGAAGAAGAAGGUGAAGGUGACCGUUUGGAUAAUAAUGAACGCCAUGACUCUUCUGAAGAAUCUGAGACAGACGAGGAAGCUGAACGAGCAAUCCGUGAAGGGUUCAUAGUGGAAGAUGAAGAAGAUGAAGCUCCUCAUGAAAUUAUGAAGAAGAAAAAGCGUAAGAAGCGCGUCGAGGAAGAAAAAGGACCUCAAGGUAUGUUGGAUGAGGAUGAUUUAGAAUUGGUCAUGGAAAAUACUGGUCAGGAUAAUCGAACAAAAUUAAAACGACUGAAGAGAGGGCGCGACCAGGAGGAAGACCUUGAAAAAAUUUUCUCAGAAGAUGAAGAUCAAGAAGAAAAAGAAGAAGGUGGGAGAGAAGAGGAGAUUGAUGGACCUGACCGUGGAUAUGGAAGACGCAACGGGGUUAUGGAUGAAUUUGCAGAUUUCAUUGAACAGGACGAAUUUGAAGACGAAGAGCCUCAAGAAGAAAAGUAUGAUGUGACACCUCAAGUUGAAUCCGUUAGGCCGGAGGCAUUGGGCAUAUCCGAAGAUGACUACUUCCAAAUUUAUGAAAUUUUUGGUGAUGGUACCGACUAUGCUUUUGCCUUGGAAGAUGAAGACGUUGAAGAUGAACUACAGGAGCCUGUUAGUCUAAAAACGAUCUUUGAGCCCAGCGAACUUCAAGAAAAAAUGCUUACGGAAGAGGAUGAAAUCGUCCGUAUCACCGACGAACCUGAACGCAUGCAGUUAUACAUGAAAAGAAACUCCGAUUGCACUGAUCAAGAAUUGCUCGAUGAAAGUCAUUGGAUAACCAAUCAACUUUUGGAAAAGCGGCUUGAUAUAAAUAGCGAAUUACUUGAGCCUUUCCGAUUUGCAGUACGACAUGCCGUUCAUUUCUUCGUUCGUGAAAGCCUGGAAGUUCCCUUUAUAUGGCAACACCGUCGAGAUUAUAUUGUUCAUUAUGACCGUCAACGUGAUUCUAUCACCCCGCUACUAAACCAAGAUGAUCUCUGGCGUAUUUUCAACUUGUGUACCAGAUAUUGGUCUCUUCAUUCCAAGAAGAAUGAUCUGAUGAAGUUAUAUACUGAUUUAGGUAUCAGUGAUGAAAUGGUAAUUACAUUAUGUCAAGAAGCAUCUUCUUUGGAAACAGUGGAUGACAUAAAUGAUUAUCUUCACUUCACUUAUUCCGAACAAAUUCGGGAUCGUGCUUUGUUGGUGGGUACUGGUCUGCGCCGUCCUCAAGUAUCGAAAUAUUCCUUUUACGAAAAGGCUAAGAAUUCUCCUCUUUAUCAUCUUGUGAAAGAAUUUGGUAUUAGUGCAAGAGAUUUCUCAUUUAAUGCUAUCCAAGGUGCACGUCUUCGCUUUGUUGAAGAUGUAUCAGUACCACCUCAAGAGCUUGCAACAUCGUAUGUCACCGAUGAGCUUACCGAUCCCGAACUGGUCCUGCAAAGAGCUCGCAAGGUGUUUGCUGAAGAGAUUGUUCAUGAUCCCUACUUUAGAAAAGCAUUUAGAGAUAAACUAUUUCAAACAGGCGUUGUAUCCACGUUAGCAACGCAAAAGGGAGUUCGUAAGAUUGACAAUGAGCAUCCAUAUUACGAAUUCAAAUACUUGAAAGGCAAGCCAUUGACAUCUUUUGAACAAUCUCCUAUUUUAUUCCUUAAAAUGUUAAAAGCAGAAGAAGAAGGACUUGUACAAAUAUCGGUCGACUUCAAUGAUAAGAAUGAUGUCUUUAAUGGCUUUUUUGAAUUGAUUUUAUCCGAUAACUAUUCAGAGAACGCCACUAAAUGGAAUUCUCAGCGGGAGAUGGUAUUAAAAGAUGUCUUUAGGCAGUUAUCAACUUUAGCACCAGGCGCAAUUCGCGAAACGCUCCGAUCUAAAUACUCGGAUGAACUAGGAAUGCUUUGUCGUGCGAAGUUAUAUUCCAGAUUAGAUCAAGCACCUUACGAGCCUUCAACGAAAAAUUUUGAUCGCGGUACUAUUCCUUCAGUCUUGGCUGUUUCAAAUGGCAAAGGCGAACCAUCUGAUGCGAUCAUUUGUCUUUUCGUUAAUGAUAUGGGCGAACCCGCUGAUUCAUUGAAGUUGCCUGAUUUUAAGGACCCUGCAAAUCAAGCUAUGUUUACUGACUUUGUUGAUAAAGUCAACCCAGAUGUGAUUGGUGUUUCUGGGAUGAGUGUUUCUGCCCAUAAAGUACGUCUGAAUGUUCAGGUUUCUUUGAGCUCUCAUGAUCCCAUCGACAUUAUCAUGGUAAACGAUGAGAUCGCUCGUCUUUACCAAAACUCUUCUCGCGCAACCGAUGAAUUUCCAAGUUUUUCCACUACAUCUUUAUACUGCAUUGCGCUGGCUCGCUAUGUGCAGAAUCCCCUAUUCGAAUAUGCGGCUUUGGGUCAUGAUCUUUUGUCUUUGUCAUUUGAUCCUUGGCAGCAUCUUUUGUCUUCAGAGACCUUGUGGAGAUAUCUUGAAACUGCAUUGGUGGACGUAUCCUCUCUUGUUGGAAUAGAUAUUAAUGAGGCUGUUAAUAACAAAUACGAGGCCAACAUCCUUCCUUACAUUGCAGGGUUAGGUCCCCGUAAAGCAGACUACAUUUUAAAGAAAAUUGCAACCCUAGGCGGCCGUAUUGAUAACAGAAGUGACUUAAUUUCUAAGCAAAUUGUCACCAGGAAAAUUUUUAUCAAUUGCUCCUCAUUCCUCAUUAUACCCAACGAUGAAUACCCAAAUAUGGAUAUCCUUGAUACAACUCGUAUCCAUAAUGAAGAUUACGAACUCGCUCGUAAAAUGGCCAGUGAUGCUUUGGAAUUAGACGAAGAGGACAUUGAAGAAUUAGAAGCUAGUAAGGGAGUUGUAUAUCACUUACUAGAGGAAAAUGAAGCGGCCAAGCUUGAUGAACUUGUCCUUGAAGAAUAUGCUGAUCAAUUAGAGCGUGAGUUUAAUCAACGUAAAAGAAGUACAUUAGAAAAAGUUCGUCGUGAAUUAAAGGAUCCUUACGGGGAACAAAGAAAUAUGUUUCAUAGACUUACUCCGUCGGAAAUAUUCCUUAUGCUAACAGGUGAAAAUCCAAGAAACUUGCGCCCUGAUACGUUAGUUCCUGUUAAUGUGAAGCGUGUUACUAAUCGGUUUGUUGCUGUCAAGCUCGACUGUGAUGUUGAUGGCGACAUUAAAGCUGAUGAGGUUAGUGAUGACUAUAUUCCUCCUCCUCAACUCCUUCAAGCAGGUCAGACUGUUGAGGCUAUCAUUAUCUCACUAAAUGAACAAAAUUUUACAGCAGAGCUUUCCUUAAGAAACAGCAUCCUACAGACUGUGCUGGCUAAACAAAAGGAUCGUUCCCAUUUGACAGCUUAUUGGGAUAUAGAAGCCGAAGAUCGUGACAAUGAGAAAAUGCAAGCUGAAACUCAGGCUGAACAGCGAGUCGCUCGUGUUAUCAAGCAUCCGUUGUUCAAAGACUUAAAUGCUUCUCAGGCAGAAGCAUAUUUAUCUAAGUUACAAGUUGGUGACUUGAUAAUUCGUCCGUCAUCUAAAGGUUCUGAUCAUAUUGUAGUAACUUGGAAAGUCGGUGAAUCUGCGUAUCAACAUAUUGAUGUUUUGGAACUGGAUAAAGAAAACGAAUUUAGCAUUGGACAACGACUUAUCGUAAAAGGUCGUUUUGAAAACAUGACAUAUGAGUAUAGUGAUUUGGAUGAAUUGAUUGUCAUGCAUAUUAAAGCAAUUGCUAAAAAGAUCGAUGAAAUGUGCAUGCAUGAUAAAUAUAGACGAGGAAGUCGUAGUGAUACUGAGCAUUGGCUAGAAAGCUAUUCUGAAGCUAAUCCCAAGCGUUCUUGUUAUACUUUCUGCUCUGAUCAGGAACACCCAGGAUAUUUUGUCCUUUGUUUUAAAGCUGGGGUAACUUCUCCUGUGUUGGCAUGGCCUGUGAAAGUAAUUCCGAACGCUUACUUUUUGCAAGGGAAUGUUUAUGCUGACAUGACCGCUCUUUGCAAUGGAUUUAAACUUUUGUAUGCUGCGCGUGCAAAAAGUUCUAGACGCUAAAAGUUUUACCUGUUCUAUAGAUAUCAUAAUUAUCACUUGAUGUCUUACAAUACAGCAAAAAUUCAAGUAUCCGACACGAUAACUACCAUUAUACUUCUUACGUCUUUCUAAUUUUUAUAUAAUUCAUUUUGAUAACUUAAUAAAAUUAUUUGUUCAGGAAAG